AUCUUUAUUCAGUUUGAUAAAUGGAUCAAAGUUGAACUCGUUGCAUACAGAAGAAUGUGGAUGCAGGAUGAGGACAGUGCAGCUGCAGAGUCUGAUGGAGAAAGCUGCUUGUCUUCUGAAGACUGGGCAGACAUCCAGUGUGAGAUCUUGGAACAGCAGAGGGAUGAGGCCAAUCAGAAACUCAAUGAGCUGGAGGAAGCUUCCAGUCAGCUCCUGAAGGAGAUCAGUGUUCUGGAGAUGCAGUUUCAGAUUGAGCGCUCCUGCAGGGAGAGUGCUGAAGCACUGGCUCUCAAAGUUAGCAAUGAGAACAAAGUCCUGAAAAGGAAGAGCCAGAUGCUGAUGCCGCUGAUCCCAGAGCUGCCAGAUAACCUGGUUUCAUUCCCCCUCGAUGCAGAGGCUGACCUCGCAGCUGAUGUUGAUGUGGUUGACUUUGGCAGCUGCAACAAUGACGACACGUUGCUGCUCGAGAGUCAAGCUAAAAUCACAGCCCUGCAGGCAUCAGUGGAUGGUUUGCUAGCUGAGAAGCUGCAGCUGGAGCAACAGGUGGAAGAACUGACCAAAGAGCAGGUGCAGCUCAGAGAACAGCUCGCUGUGGAGGUUGAGGAGAAAGAAGCAAUUCUGAGGAAAAUGAGCAAACAGAGCAAGAGCAUGAACAAAAUGAAAAGAGUGUCCCAGCUUGUCACCGAGGAGUUCACAGAAAUGUCCCAGACACUGGAGCUGGAGCAAGGCCUUCGGCAACAUGCUGAAGUCUUCGCCCACAAGGAGAACCAAAGAUCGGAGCGGUGUAAUUUGCAGAUAAAACAGUUACAAGAAACACUGAGCAAGAAGGAUGAAGCUGAUGAACUGGUGAAAGAACCCACUCCUACUCCACCUCCUCCACCUCCUCCACCGCCUCCACCACCAACAACAACUCCUGUUGUCAAUAUACAGGAGUUCCUCAAGAGCAGGAGGAGAGGUGGAGUCAGUGUUGAUCAACACCAGCCAGCACCGUUAUUAGACAUUAAGACAAAAGCUGUAGAUGAAAUGAUGGAGAGAAUAAAGAAAGGCAUUGUCUUGAGGCCUAUUAAACACAUUCAGGAAGACGAAAACUCCUGGAAGGACCAGAGAAGUGAAAACAGAAAAUCUGCCAUCAUGGAGUUAAAGGGAGUUUUGGACAACAUUAAGCGCCAACAGCACCGCAGAGAGCCCUCCAGGAGGGGAAUCAGCAGAAACGUUGGGGAGGCUGAGCUCUUGAUGGUGCUCCAGAGAAGACGAAGAGUGAUGGGGGGAAAUCAGGACGCAUUGUCCUCAACUCAAACUUGUGAUCCCCAACCAGGGCAGCAGUGUGGCCCAGCAGCAGGCGCCGGUCCCUGGGCCGGAGAGAGCGUCACCGCACCUGUGCUCCGGAGGCUGAAGCAGAACAGGGAGCAGAGAGAUUCCCGCAUCCGAGCAUCAGCUCUGAUCAUCAGCCGCAAAGCCUUACAGCAGCCUCUGGAACAAACGCCUAAUAAUACACCCACCUAA